UCAUCAAAUAGUGACAAACAAUCGGUAGAAAGAGCCCGUGCGUAUAAAUUCACUUACUUCAUUCAUAAAAAGUAUAUUGUGCCUCCAUGACCCAAGAGUACGAUAGUAACGUAUACGUCACUGAGAGUAGCGUAUCGAGUCCCCCCACCUAACCCCCACUCUACUCAAAGCUGCGCAAACGUGCUCGUUCCUUCCGUAAAUAUGGUUAUGUUUCAGUUGAUACGACGGCUUCGGUGGAUAUACACGGGUCUGAUUAAAAAUAUUUGUAUUUAAAUUAUAUAUUAAUUAGUACAUUGUGUUGAUCGUAUAAAAUAUGGAAGCUAUUUGGAAUAGAGUUCACAUCGAACAUCCACCAAAUAUUACGUGGCGCAUUGAAACUCAGAAAUUUGAUAUCGUGGGACUUCAGACGACGUUAAAACAUAUUAUUAAGGAUUUAGAAUCCCAAAAUGAUAUACAUGUAGAAGCAGCAAUGUUAAGUAGGUUAAUUUAUCGAAUGAAAUGUAAAUUUCGUAACGAUAAGGGUUUUAAGAAUAUGGAGAAAGUGAACAGAGCUUUACUCAAUUACUUAAAUUUAGCACUUGAAAAGGAAUAUAAGAAUUUUAAGAGUUAUAUAGAAUUAAGUGAUAUGUUUGUUACGUUGCCAAGCAAACAAAUGUUAGAGUACAUUCUUGUCAGAACUCAAGGUUUUGCAAAGCUUUUAGCUAGGGUGGAAGAAGUUGCAAAGUGUGCUGGUACUUUUUUACGUACUCGUAUUAUCUUGGGUCAUGCAUGGACUGUUACGCUUGUAGCAUAUGCUAUCAUUAGUAGAAUUUGGGUCUUAUCGAAAUAUUUAGUUAAAAGAUCUUGCAUUUGGUAUAAUGGGCUCUAUCAAUUUUUGAGUUCAUUCAAAAUAAUAGGUCUUCCUUGGCUUUCAAAAAAAGACAAUUUACCAUCUGAUUUAAAAACAUGGCUUGCUUUACCAUGGCUCGAUGAAAAUGAAUCAAGCAUCCCUGAAGAAAAUAUUUUGAAAGACAAGAUGUUCAAAUUAAUUGAACUACAAGAUGAUAAUUUAGACACAGAUUUAACUUUUGACUUUAAAGAUAAGUUGAUAGAAUUAGAAACUACUGAUUCUAUCUGUGAUAUAUCAGAAAAUAUUUCAAAGCCAAGUAUUUCAAAGAAUGUUAGUGAACUUUCUAUUCAUAUGGAUGAUGAUCUUGGAGAAGUUGUUAAUCGUUCAAGCUGUGCAUUAAAUCUUAAUAAAAGAAAACGUAAGGAGAAGAAAUCAAUAGAAAAGCAAAAACAAUCAAUAAAUAAUGAAGAGCAUGAAAGUGAUACAAAACAAAUAGUUACAUUCAAAUCUAAAAAACAAACACAGAAAGAAGAAAAAAGCUCUUCUUUACUUAAUAUCCAUAAAACUACACUAUGUCAAUUAGAACCUAAAGCAAACAAAAAUAAAAAGAAAAAGAAAUUGAUUUAAUCAAAUAAUACAAUCUCAAAUGAAAAUGUUACUUCUCAUUUUAAUAAUAUGAGAAAAUUAGAUUUAAUUAUACCUUUACAUAAGAAUUGUUAUUAAAAAAUGAGUAAGUUACAAUGGAAUAUUAUUAAAAAAAGUUCAAUAAUUUACUGGGACAAUCAAACGAAUGUAUUGACGAGAAGAAGCAAUUAUUAAUUAGGAAAACAAUUAAUAUUAUACAAAAAAUUAAUUUAAUGUUAUAAUUUGAAAUUUUACAUAAAGUUAAUGAAUAACUUG